AUGAAGUUCCUUACUGCUGCUGCCGUCAUGCUGGGCGUCGCCUCGGCCGCCCCUACUGCCACCAUUGAGAAGCGCGCUCAGCAGUGCGGUCAGUGGGACAGCAAGGUCACCGGUGCCUACACUCUGUACCAAGACCUGUGGGGCAUCUCCGGCUACUCUGGAUCGCAAUGCUCAGACAUCAACAGUCUGAGCGGCAGCACCCUCAACUGGUGGACCACCUGGUCAUGGGCCGGUGGCUCUAGCCAAGUAAAAUCAUACGCCAAUGUCGUUACAAAGACCAACCCCGUCCAAAUCUCCGCCAUCAAGUCUCUAGCCACAAAGUGGACCUGGGUACAAUCCGGCAGCAACGUCGUCGCCGACGUCGCCUACGACAUCUUCACCUCGUCCACCGCCGGCGGCAGCAACGAGUUCGAAAUCAUGGUCUGGUUGGCAGCACUCGGCGGCGCUGGCCCCAUCUCAGCAACUGGUGCUCCUAUUGCUACAGUCACUGUUGCUGGCCACAGUUGGAAGUUGUGGUAUGGCAGCAAUGGUGUGAAUGAGGUUUACUCGUUUACUCCCAACGGAGCAAACGUCAGCAGUUUCAGUGGCGAUUUGAUGGAUUUCUUUGCGUACUUGAUCAAUAGUCAGGGCUUCAAGGCUAGCCAGUACUUGAUCUCUGUUGGUGCUGGUACUGAGCCUUUCACUGGAUCUAACGCCAAGCUUACUUCGGCUUACAGCUUGGUGCCUGCCUACAAGUAG